AGGUCAGGACAUUGAUGUCAAAGUUCUUCCCUCCACUCCAGAUCAUUUUAAUGAUGUUAGAUUUACAACACAUGGCGCAAUUGAUGGAAGUUUUUCUGCAGAUCCUACAGUCAUGUACAGGAACCAGUGGUCAAUCUUAGAGGCGGAGAUGGUUGAUUGCUACGACAAUGUUGUCCAUGAAUUAAGUAAUGACUACAACAUUGGUUUACAGUUGUUCAACGAUGAGGGAAAGGUGAUGGAAAUGGAAUACAAAGAUGUGGAAUUUCGAAAUAAAAGGCUUCGAGUAGAAGUGAAGAUUAUUGAGGCUGGGAAAUAUCAUCCAGCAAUAAUUCUGAUCAGUAGAAACAGUCACAGUCAAGUAGUCCGUUUGCAAGAGAUUCAAAUACAAGUCAAUGACGCACCAUUGUACCUGGCUAGAUCGAAAUUCCUUCAUCCCAAAACCUGCGUGGCUGGCAAAGAAAUUCAGUUAGAAAUUUGUCCACUUGAUGUAUUUGGUUGUCCCUUGCCUGCUGACUCGACUAUUGAUUGUAAUCUCAACGGAGAUAUUCUAAAUUUACUUUGGGAACUGAAUGAGAACAUGGAAACCAUGGACUUCAGGAUAAUCAAGAACGAAUCGAAUGUUGUAAUUUACGUUUCAAUCGUCCUAAGAAAAGCUGGUCGUAGAAAAGUGAGGAUCUAUGACAAGGAUAAUAAAUCAAAGGAGCUAAGCAUUCAAGUUAAUCCUGAUGUAAAUGAUGUGCACUGGGAGCUUACUGCUCCAAAACAAACUGCUUAUAGAAGAGAAAAUUUGAUCUUAACAGUGUGUUUGUUUGAUUGUUUUAACAAUGAAGUGCGGACUGAUGCAUUAGAAAAUAUCCCACAGCUUAUAAAGAGGGAUGGACCUGAUGGAUUGCGUUUUACAGGAGAGUCCAACAACAAAGUUACAACUUGUUACAACUUCAAGCGAACAGGGAAAUACGAUUUUUGUUUAGCCGAUCGAGGUGGUACUAUUCUUGAGGGUACUUCACUCUUAAUCACUGUGCAGGAUGCUCCUUUAGAUUAUCACCGUUCAACCAUUGAAUGGAUACCUGAAUAUGAUGAUAUUCCAGAUCAACCUGUGUUCCCCGAAGAUGAAACAUUUCAAUGUUUCUUGAGACUGAAAGAUGUACUUGGUUAUGAUUAUGACACAAAAAUAGCAAAGGAUUGUAUUAAAGUGAGAUAUGGUAACAUCGUGGUGGAAAACAUAGAGAUCUCUUCUUGUCCGAACGAUGUUGGAUCCUACAAUAUUGUGGUUCCAUUGAAGAAUCUUGUGAAAGAUGAUGCAAGCCCGAGAUUUUGGUUCUUUGUAAAUGCCAGGAAAAUUGAAAACUCCCUGAUUUUGCCAACAUUCAAAAGAUUUGAGAAGUAUGAUGAUGAUAGGAACUGUUUUGUACGGUAUAGAAGACACGCAUUUGCAAAGAUUGUUUGCUGCGGUGUUAAGAGAAACGACAUCAUUGGAAGUGAUUAUGCUCACUUAAAUAAUAUCAAGAGAGUUUGCGAAUUGCAAGACGAUCCCAAAGUUGAAACUUGCCAAUUCAUUGAACCAAUUAGAACAUAUGUCAUUCGUACAGGUACAGUUAUUGAACUUCCACUUGACGAAAUCGAAUACAAAAGACUGGGACGUCGGAGAAUUGAAUGUCCACCUGAAGAAAUCGCAAACAAAAUACAGAAAUGUCGGAGUAUUUUGUUGCAUCUUAUCAGGGCUACCUAUUAUCGCGAAGAGGCGUUUAAAUUAGACGAGGCUCGAGAAGAUUGGAAAGAGAGGGCAAGUGAAAAUUACAACAAAAUUGAAGAAGGAGAAAAUAUUGACAAACACCUUCCUCAUUUUUGCAGCCAAAUCAAAGAAAAAUACGCCGGACUUAUGAGAAAAUAUCACGAUGCUGCAUGCGACGAGGUUUUUCAGUUUUUUAAUGCCAAACGUGAUCAGAGUGAGAUUGAUCUUCAUGGAUUGUUGGUUGUGGAUGAAACGAAGCUCCGGGAUUAUGAGCGGCAACUUCUUCGCAGAGGCCGCAUGAGUUUGGCCCAAGUGCAAAGAAAAAUCGCAGAAGAACGCGAUCAUGGCAAUGAGGCUAUAAGGUAUUGUACAUUUACUCUCUUAAUCUAUUUAUACCUCGCAUAUAUAAUACAUGUUUGAAAAAAUUGACAUAGUCCCUUGUAGGUUUGAUAGCAAUAAUUAUAAUUAAUUUGAUUGUGGAAAACGCCAGGGGUGUUUAUUCACAAAGCUUUCGGUCCGUAAGCUUAAAGACAAACCGGACGCGAUUCGACAACGCGGUGUGAUUUUUCGAUUUUCGCUGACUGACAACGUUUAAGUUUUCUAAAUAUUUAGAAGCUAUAACAUUCUGAGUUAUUUGGUCUACACAUCUUAUAAAAUUUUCUUUCAUUGGCUGUUUUAUUAAUUUUCAAAAGCUGAAAAAUCGCGCCGUGUUGUCGAAUCUCGUCGAGUGUUCUCGGCCUUCAGUAAAUAGCCUGCCCAACGCAUAUAUUAUGAUCUCUAUCAUACUUCUUAUUUCUCUUUUCUGUCCAAAGACUGAAGUAUAGUCGAAAAUGGUUUAGUGAGAGCUCUUUUACUAGCUAGGCGCCGAGAAAGUUCAGGAGAUCUUACUUGGGGGGUCUCCCUCUUGUGUGAACCAGGGGGAAGUUGCCCUCUGCCUCUCUUAGCAGCUCUGUUAGUAGAAACUCUUUUUACUAUUGCAACCAUAGGAAAUUGCGAAAAAGGCUCGAUCAUUAUGACAUGAGAAAAGCCAAAGAAGAGGGCGAGCCAUGGCUUGAGAUCAUCGUUGGUUCUGGUCAUCACUCUAAAGUACGGCAAAACUCUAAAGUACGACAAAGAAUCCGACCAAAGGUUGAACAGUACUUAAGAGAAAGACAGUUGAAAUUUUUUCCAGUUAACAAAGGAGCGUUGGUGAUCACAUUUGAAGAGUAUACCGGAAGUGAGCCAUGUUUUGGAGAGUACUAUUGCAACAAAUGUGACAAGAGAUGGCGAAAUGGUCGAAGUUGGAUUGGCAAGUGGCAAGCUUGUUACGACUGCUACGAAAAGAAACAAUUACUCAAGAGAUGCUACCCACUCAAGCAACGCUCUACAAGAAAACAGCAGAGAUACAUUCCCAAUAUUGUUUCAAGAAACCAACGGCCAAUUCCCGAACACCUUGAAAGACUUUGUGAAAAGUGUAUUGAACUAGGACGGCCAUGUCCACGAGCGUGGUGAUUUCACCAAUCACGUACGAGGGAGAAAAAAGUUCACCAGGAAGUGAAAGAACUCGAAAAUUUUAAGGAUUUUGAUUAGAUUUAAUUAAUGAUUGAUUGAUUGAUUGAUUGAUUGAUUGAGCUCAGGAUGGAUUAUAUCAGGACAUAGGUAAGGUCUAUACCAUAAGAAUUAGUUAUCUCGAAUUCGUUGAUAAUCCAUGAAUAAAUUAGCCAACCAUAUUACUUUAUUUUGCUUCACAAUGCAUAAUUAAGAUAUCGAUCCAAUAGUUUGUUUAGUCACACAUUUCCUUUUGCUGGGUUUUUAAAAUAAAUUCAUGAAGAAUUGACCUUUCUCGCGAAGUUUCACUAUCUGCAUGCCUAUCAAGGAGUGAAUAAGUCGCUUUUGUAUUUGGGUAUUGUUGUAGACUUGUAGAACUGUUUCUACCGUAAUAAAUAUAUUUAUUGCGACCGCCGUUAGAAUUCUGGUCCCCAGAGCCAUUUUCUCUCGGUCACUUUAGGUUAGAC